UUGGCUAAGUGUGCACUAAUAAAUGUUUGGUUCCUCAAGUUUGGAGUCAGGCAAAGAUUCUUGGUGUUGUUGCUGUGCAUGAGUUUUAUGGAAUCACAUGGUUUGCUUGGGUUGCACUUUAUUUUACAGUAUGCACACUAAUGUGUACUUACAGUGUACAUACCUCAGAAAGUACUGGGUAAUAUAACAUAUAUAACAAAUACAACAUGGGUUAAAGUUAGGUUUGGGGGUAAUAAUUAUUACGUUAUUACCCAGUUAUUGUAAUUACUAUAAUUACACAGAGUAUGUACAUCGGGAACAGGACUGUGAAAUAAAGUGCUACCUUUCCUUGUUUCUGUUUUUCAAGACUUUUGUAACCUAGAAUCUUAAGAGUUGGCAUGUUGUUUAUUGUGUGUAGACCUUUGGAUCUGGCCCUCCUCCAUAUAAUCAGCUAUCCAUCUAACCCCUUCUCCUUUCUCACACUCAAGCACCCUCAUUCUCCCCUUUUUUUAGAAACACGCAAUGCUUUUAAUGGCCCAUUGUUUGUCUCCGAACCAGACCCCCAUCCCCCCAGCCAAAUAAACAAAGGAUCGAGAGCCGCUGUAGUCCCUGAGUGAGCCAGGUGUUUACCACUGUCAGCCUGCUCCCUAAUGACUAAGACCUCAUGCUGCAGCUGCUUGCUAAGGCCUCUUUUGUGUGGUUCCAUUGUUGACCACACACCCCUCGUUUAUUCAUGGGCCACGCGGGGGAAGACCUUUUGGACAGCCACUAGUUUAUUGCCACACUCCCUUAGAAUACAAAUUGUGUGUGUGUGCAUCAGAGAAAGAGAGUGAGAGUGUGUGUCAGUAUUUACACUCCAUUGUGAGCUCUGUGCACUCUUAUUGGUCUGCAGAUAGUGACUGGUCUAUAGGGGUAUGAUAGACAUUGUAGCUCCAUCUGCUCAAGCUCUAAUUGUCUUCUGAAGGAAAACAAUCUACAGCACAGAGUGUCACUUCUUCUAACUUUUCUGGGUUUUGUGGCCCUUCGUCUGCUUGACUGGAUUUGUGCAUCCCUAAGCGUGACUUGGUUUCUGCUUCUUGGUUUUGAGUUGGAGUGCAACAACGGGAAUCUAUAUUUUGUGCUUGGCAAUCUGCUAACUCAGUUAAUGCUGAACUGAAAAGAGAUAUUUUAAUGAACCACAAUAAUUUCCACAUCAUUUUCCUACUUUUGGGUUGGAUCUUCCUUCACUUAUGGUUCACAUGAGAAACGUGAUCUGAGGGCUGAAUAACAGGUGGCAAGAGUGGCAAGUCUCACAGUCAAAACGGUGCUGGAUAUCUGUGGCUGAUUCAUGGGCCUGAAAGACUAUGUGGAUGAUGGAACAGGCCACAUACUCAAACUCGGGCUGGAUUUAGCUGACAAUGGACCUAUUAUAGACAGUGGCUUAUCAGACACAGGAGACAUGGUGGCCCCCUGCACCAGGAGCUGUGGUUCAUCACCACAAGAUGAAUCAGAGAAAAGUGCAAGGCCAGACAGUGAGCCUGUGAAGAACCACAGUCAUCCUCCUGUUGAUACCUUUAGCAAUAGAUCUAUCCAUGCAGUCCACUCACUACUCUGUUGGUCUCCAUGUUUAGAUUUGGAUUCAUUGGUUCCAAAUAUGGUACCCCAAGUACCAGGCCCCAUGGAUACACUCAGGGAAUACCAGACAAAGAUGGAGUUUGCCCUUAAGCUCGGCUAUGCUGAAGACUUGGUUCGGCUGGUUCUGAACAAGCUAGGGUCAGAUGCACUGAUCAAUGAUAUUCUUGGGGAGCUGGUGAAACUAGGCAGUAAGCCGGAGAAUGAGGGUGGGACACAGUCUCCCUACCCAUCUACUUCCACAUCAUCAUCCUCUGGCUCAUCUUCCUGCAGUUUCUCUGACUCACUUGACUCUCGCUGGUCCCCUUCUCAGAUACCCAUGGAUAAUAAGGAUAACCUCCGUCCCAUUGUUAUUGAUGGCAGCAAUGUGGCCAUGAGCCAUGGCAAUAAACAGAUGUUCUCCUGUCAUGGCAUUCAGCUGGCAGUUGAUUGGUUUCUUGAACGUGGCCAUCAAGACAUUACAGUGUUUGUGCCAGCCUGGAGGAAAGAACAGUCCCGCCCUGAUGCUCUUAUUACAGAUCAGGAGAUUUUGAGGCGGCUGGAAAAGGAUAAGAUUCUUGUUUUCACACCCUCACGUCGUGUCCAGGGCCGCAGAGUAGUCUGCUAUGAUGACAGGUUUAUUGUCAAGCUAGCUUAUGAAUCAGAUGGCAUCAUUGUCUCCAACGACAACUACAGAGACUUGGCUGUUGAGAAACCGGAGUGGAAGAAGUUUAUUGAUGAACGCCUUCUGAUGUACUCUUUUGUAAAUGAUAAGUUUAUGCCUCCUGAUGAUCCAUUGGGUCGUCAUGGGCCAGGUCUGGAGAAUUUUCUAAGAAAAAGACCUAUAAUUCCAGAGCAUAAGAAACAGCCCUGUCCAUACGGUAAGUGAUGACACCAUAUUUGAUGCCGUUUUACAGUUGCCUGUAUGUAUGUAUCAAAGCUAUUAUUCAGUUCAAAAUUUGAAGCAAAUUAAUUACAUUACUCUUAUCAGCUUACUACUACAAUUAAAUUAUUAAAUCAAAUUGCUAUAAUGCUAUUAUGUGUUAUGCUUUUAUGUUGUAUGUUAUUUUCAUUUUUCUACUGGCCAAUGAUGAUUCUGAAAGAAAACGUACAGGGUUUUGAUAGUAACAAAUAGGCCUACAACUUUCAUGCGCAUCUGAUUGACAGAUAAAGUGCAUGCUCUUAUUUCAGUGUUGCUGUUAAUGUUGUGGCAAAUGUUUGCUUUGUGCAUUCUGUUCAACCGCAUUAAGGUUAAGAGGGUACACUUUAUCACUCAACUGAACUGCACAUGGAUUUUAGACACCUGCUCUUGUGUUCUUGCUGCGUUCAAAAAAUAAACACAUCCUUGAAUGAGUGCUGUAGCGUAUUUAUUUAAAGUUCAACCACUUAGGCAUUCUCCAUGGUAUGACCCAUUUCAGGGGAUGCCAUAAUUACAAUUUAAAGUCAGAGUAAAGUAAAAGCUUAAUGCUUAAAUAAUAAUAAUAAUAAUAAUAAUAAUAAUAAUAAAUGCUUAAUUUUAUAAGGUCUAAAUUUGAAUUAUAGAAUAUUAUUGAGUAGCACGACAAAAUGACUAUUUUGACCAGCAGAGGGCAGCAGAGGAUCAGUCAUUGGCUCACGUUCAUUUUAAAAGUCUCUGUUUAUGGUUUCCAUUACAUUUUCCAUGUUAACUCCAUUAAUUAAAUGUGCUCACACAAACACUUUGUUGCAGAUAUGGAUAUUUGAAAUCAAUGAUAGGUUAGAAAAUGCUUAUUCCAGGUUUCCCCUUUAAAAAUCAUCAUUUUCAGGUCUCAAUGUAAAUGUAAUGUUAUAUAAUAGCAAAAACAUAUCAAAUGAAAAUGAAGUGGUAAACCUUGAUAAAAUGUGAAUAGUAAUGUUAUUAUAAGGAUUUAUAUUGUUUAAAAGGGAUUUUAAAUGACAACCUUGAAACCUUAAAGCCUUGAACUAUAUUAGUGGCCUUCUGCUGCCAUCUGGUGGCACUAAAUGACAUUAUCAGGCAAUUCACUAUAGAAAAAAUAUGGUUUUAAAGGUUUUUUGACAGUUAUAGCGCCACCUAUUGCCUGAUCUCCACCGCUUUUUUUGGGUGUCCUCAGAGUGGGUCCAUACAUAUGUGUGCCAAUUUAGGUGAAAAUAUCUCAUUUCGUUUUGAAGUUAUAGACGCUUAUAUAUAUGAGAGUAUAAAAAAUGACGCAAGAAUGUCUUUGAUUGGAUUUUUUUUGCCACUUGCUAUCAAAAUUUUGACAUUUGGGCUUUAACAUUUAGUAAACCAACUUAGAUUCCAUGUUACCUAUGGUGGUUUCGUCUCGAUCAGACUAACGGUUUCGAAGAUAUUUGCAAAAGUUUAAGUGCUAAAUCACAACGUUGAACAAACCAUAAGCCGAAACCUGGCAAGUCUGAUAUCGUUGGACUCGGUAAGGAUUCAGGAGUCUAAAUACAUAACUCCCGUGAAAAUAAGUCAACUACACACAGAGUUAUAUUUUUAUAUAUAGUUUUUUAAAGUUUAUUAACAGUUAUAGCACCACCUAUGGUCCGAUCUCCAUAAAAAUUGGGGUGCUUCUUUAGAGUCAUAUGCUGCAUGUGCUUACAUAUUUUCGUGAAAUUCGGAGUUUUCGUUUAGGCUUUUUUAUAGGCUUUUGGCUAUAUUUAGCCACGGCCACUUUCUAAAUGACUGUUAUAGUGACCCAAAGGGUAAAGUUCCACGUUUUUUUUUGAUAAUUAUUGAUCUAGAGAGUCCAGAGAAUUGUCCUGCACUGGUUUCGUUCCGAUUGGGCAAAAAACCUAGGACUAGUUCGCAAAAGGUUUUUAACUUAUUCAUGAAUAAUUAAUGAACGAUUUAAUUGACAGCAUUGGUUCCUGAGGCAAAGUUGUUCAGCAUGAGGAGAUCUAUCAAAUGAUAUGCAUAUUGUGUGGAUCUGUGAAACACCACGUGAUUACAAGGGGGUAAAAUCUCGUUAGCACCAACUAGUGGCUGAUUUCUUUAAAAAUUCUUACAGACCUCCAGGCCCAUGAGUCGAUCGUGCACACCAAGUUUCGUUCCGAUCGGCCUCCGUUAACCUAGUCUAACAAGUGCUCAAAUUUCAUUGGCCGAUGGCAGCCAUGUUUUUUGAGAUACGCCAAUGUCCUCAUAGACCAUCAUGCCCCUUUGGACCAAGACACUGCAUGCCAUGUUUCAAGUCGAUCGGACUAACGGUUGCAUAGUUUUCAUGUUUUUUUCGUGUUAUAGCGCCACCUAGUGGCCAAUCGCUGUGAUUUUUUUUUUAUCGUGACCAAAAAUUUAGCCCCUACAUAUUUGUACCGAGUUUGGUGCAAAUCUCUCAUUUCGUUCUCGAGUUAUAGCCAUUUUAGUAAAAGUGGCUCUGCCUACUUCGUACAUUUUGGUGCCAAUCAAAAUAUCAACUUUUUUUUAAUAAUUAUUGAUGUUCAGACUCCAGAGAACAUUUCUGCACUGGUUUGGCUCCGAUCGGGCAAAAAUCCUAGGACUAGUUUGCAAAAGUAAGUUUUGGACAAAAUUCAAAAUGGUGGGAAAUUUGCAUACCGGAAGUGAAAUUGGAGGUUUGUCCGUCUUGAGCCAAGGAUUACAAAUAUAUAAGACACUUGUAUCUAGGACAAACGGUCUAGGAGUUAUUAGAGAUUUACAACUUUUGAUCGCUAUAGCGCCACCUAUUGGCCGAUUGGGGUCAUACUUUGUCAACCUCUCCUUGAUUUCUGUCCUAUCAUCUGAUAAAGUUUCAAGUCUCUAACACUUACGGUUUGGGCUGCACGAUCAGUUUUACGGCAGAAUAAUAAUAAUAAUAAAAAUUAAAGCUGCUAGCAGCAUUUAUCGGGGUUCAAGCAUUUAAGGCCGUUUGCAUAAAAAGGACUUGUCUUAUUUAUUAAGCAUGUAACCACUGAAAUCAUAUAUGCUAAAUAAACACACAGAAAGAAAAGGUUUAAACAAUAAUACUUGAUACAUACGAAGCAUGCUUACACACACACACACACACACACACACACACACACACUCACAAUAGUCACAAACAAGAUAAAGAAAAAGCACACAAUACCUUUUCUUUACUUUCAGUGUGAAGUUAGACCUUUCAACACUUUCUUUGAGCAUAGGUCAAUGCUAGGCACAGUUAGCCACUGCUAAACUCGGUUAGCCACUGCUAUCACACAACUAAUGUUGCACAAUGUCACAAGCAAACACAUAACCCAACAACAUUUAAUCUGGAGCAGGGGAAAAGUUUGUCUCCUCCAACAAGCUCUGUACUGCCCCAAUAUACUCCCAGUCUCAGGCAUGCUCUCACGAACGAGCUA